CCAUGAGUUUUAGUGAAUGCGCAUGAUUGGCACCUGUUUAUCAAACACUACAUUGCUGGAAGGUUUGAGUAACUAAUGUUAACGUAAAAAAAAUGAAAGUUAAUGUUUUUUUUCAAAUCAGUUUGAGGUUAACCUGAAUAUUCAGGUUAUAGUUUUUAUUUGAAUCCACACCAUAAGAAAUAUCGCAACAAAAAAGCAUUGUCCGACUCUUACCGAAUUACUAUAGGGGCGUAUAUGCGCUGUUUUGUAAAUACCAGGCCUACAUUUUCAAAUAUUUGAAGAAAAUAAAGUUAGCGUUAACGGAACCUCCAGUGAGGCGCAGCAGGCGUUUAAACGCUUCCCACAAUGCAUCCGGGCACCAGCGGGAAACCAAAAUGGCGAACGUGCGGGGGGGAAAUGAGCCGUUUGUUAUCUUCUAACGAAGCUCCAGCCUCGCAAGUUUCCGCGAUACACUUUCGAAAUAAAGCCCGGCUGCAGAAGAAGCGGGAUAACGCCGUCCUGUGAUAUUUGGUUAUUUUGUCGUGCGAGUCAUUACAGAAGCUGAGGGGGCCGAAUGAGAGUCUCGGGGGAUGUAGAUCACCUGUCUGUCCAUCACAGGGCUCUCCCCCAGCGGCAGCAGCAGGCUGUGUCCGGGUCCCCAACAAGCCUGUCUGCUAGGGGCGAGUAUGGAGAGGACAGCAUGUCUGACAGGUUCACAGAAGGACAGGACGUCUUGGCCCGGUGGUCAGAUGGCUUGUUCUACUUGGGGACAAUCACCAAGAUAAAUCGGGAAAAGCAGCAAUGCUUUGUGGUUUUUGAGGAUCGAUCAAAGUCUUGGGUUCUGUGGAAGGAUAUCCAGACAGGAGAUGAAGAUGAUGAAGAGGAUAAUGAAGAUGAUGACGACAUUGUGUGCUCCAUAUGCCAAGAUGAAACCUCAGAUGAACCCAAUGAAAUAGUCAUUUGUGACAAGUGUGGAAAAGGCUACCAUCAGCUUUGCCACUCCCCCACCAUCGAUGCCUCUGUCAUUGACUCGGAUGACAAGUGGCUCUGCUCAGAUUGUGAGCUCACUUGUAGACCUAAGAGGGAGGCUGCAAACAUGAGGGGAGCGUCCGCUCAGGGCUUUGUGGAGCAGGAGCUGCAGGAGAAGCACACCGGACUACACCUCUCGCUCCCAUACGCUCUGGACGAGCUGGUUUGGGACCAAGCCCACGAGACUAACAUCCAGCAGUGCUACUGCUACUGUGGAGGUCCAGGAGAUUGGUACCUGAAGAUGCUGCAGUGUAACGGGUGUCUGCAGUGGUUCCAUGAGGCGUGUCUCCAUUGCUUACAGAUACCCAUGUUCUACGGAGACAGGUUUUAUCUGUUUAUUUGUUCCGUUUGCAAUGGAGGACCAGAGUACCUCAGCCGACUGCCUCUCACAUGGGAAAAUGUCACACACCUGAGUCUGUACAACUUGAGUGUGAUCCACAAGAAGAUGUACUUUGAUUCAGAGAUGCUUCUGAUGUCUUACAUCAAUGAUAACUGGGAGCUGCUGCAGCUGGGGGAGCUCGGUAACACUCCCAGAUCCCAGCGUUAUGGGAGGGUUCUGGAGGCACUGAACAACAACAGUAGCAUAUUCAAGUCGGGGAAAGAGGUUAAGAAAAAGAAACACUUGUUUAGCCUGAGGAUUCGUUUCCCUCCUGCUCCACCAAACUCUCAUGAGCCAUCCGGCAGAGGAAUGGACAGGACUUCACAUGAGAUAAACAUCAAGGGGUGCAAGUCCACCAAGACCCCACCUGGCAUGAUGUCUUUAACCAAUGGCACAGAGAAGAAGAAAAAGAGGAAGCAAGGAGCACGUUCUCUGGAGACUCUGGCUAAACCACAAUGCAGUGAACGCUUAUCCCAGAAUUUAAGGAGGCCUCUGCCACUGGAGCCCAACACAUUGGAUCACUUAACCGCUGCCAAGAGGGAGCGACCUCAGCUGUCUACUUCAGAUGUGGAAUCUAUAGGAGCCCUGAGCACCACAGAAACUACCUCAACUAGCAUUUCAAGACCGUCCAGCUGCAGCUCCAGCAAGACACGAACGACAGCCUGCAUCAUGCCGGUUUCCGCUCCACUCUUGAAGAGGAAACGUGGGCGCCCACGACGGGCCCCGCAGCCCCCCCGCCCAGAGAUCCUCCCUCCUAGCCAUGCAGACCCAAACCCCUCGGCUACGGAGAUGAUGAGCCCCCUCCCAAGACUUCACUCCGCCGAUAUAGUUCACGGCAUGGACCCCAACAGCCAACUCUCCCACCUCAAGAGCUCCAUCAGCAGCUAUUUUGGAGCAGCCGGGCGACUGGCUUGCGGGGAAAAGUACAAAGUUCUGGCGCGACGGGUCACUCUCGACGGCAAGGUGCAGUACCUGGUGGAGUGGGAGGGAGUCACUGCCUCCUAAGUUUGUCAUUGUCUGCGUGACUUCUAACUUUUUAACUAGCGCCCGCAAGACGUUUCUGGCUGCGCUAAGGACAUGUGUUCACAGCCUGUAUUCAGAGCAUUAAUUGUUAUAUGCUUUUUUCUUUUUUUGUUGAGUUUUGAACAAGAGCAACAUUUUCAUGCUAAGCUUUACUGAAAAGCCUACUGGUUCAGUGCACAUUUAAACAUGUUUUUUCAUCAUGCGUUCUAAAGAUUUCAAUGCCUUUUCUUUGAUCAAGACGAGGCAUUGUUAUAAUACCACACCAUAUUUGUGCUAUUCUGCUUUUUACUUUCAUUAUUUUCUUUGAAUGUUUACAGCAAACCCACACACUGCAUCUGUAGGCUCGCAGUGAACCACUAUGUACUUCAUUUUUAUCCAGUAAUAUGCUUGUAAUUUCCAGACCAGUUAAGUAUAAAACUGUAUUUUAUUCUUUUUGAAAGAAUGUGGUUGGUCGCACAUUAAAUGUUAAAUCUUGGCGGAUAAGCGAGAGGGACACUUUGAAAAGAAAUGGAUUUAACUACUGCAAUGGCCAAUUACCUAAGUUUUUCUACAUAUAUAUGUGUUUAUUUACAAUUGUGUCCCAGCUACGAGUAAAUCUUGUUUUCUUUGGCUGAGAUCCUUCUGUUGAACUAAAAAAUAAGGUGCUGCUGCAGGUUUUUCGUUUAACAUAAAAUUCUACUACAUUUUAUUACUUUACCCAAUAAGUCCUUUUGUUUCUGUUUAAGCAUUUGUUUAUUAUGCAUAUCAAAUUUUACUUUUUGAUCAGAUAGUUUGAAAUUCUUAAGACUACAUGGCAGCAUUUUGAUGGUAAAGUAUUUUUUAAACCUCUUUUUGCUUUAGUCAUAGCUUUAAAUGUUGGAUUCUGAUAAAUUACCUCCAAAUGUACAACUCUUUAGAAGCUGAAAACAAGAGGACCGGUCAGACAUUUUCAUAGCAGAGAUAUAUUUUUUUCAAAAUGUGUCAACCGCCUUUGUCAAAAUUAUUUAACCUUUUAAAAAAAAAAAAAAAAAAAGUUAUAAGUUAUUUGGAAUUAAUUAAAAUUACCUAAGUGACUGAAAUUUUUAUGGACCUAUUUUUUCUGGGGGGGGAAAGCGCUGCAUAAGUUUCUUUACCCAGGUUUUAUACGUAUGUUCAGGUUUUUUGUUUUUGUUCUUCCUAUGCAUGCUAGUCCAUGACAACCCUGUUCAGUCGUAAUUGAACAUACAACUUGAUAAAGGGGAGCUUGAGAAUUUUUAUUUGACUCUUAAAUUCUUUGUGUGAGCAGUGCAAAAAUGCACUUGAAUCUUUCCUUUUACGGUCAUGUAUGUUGUAGUCUACUAACUCAGGAUAUGUUAAAAAAAAGUCACUGUAUUUCACCAGCCUGCAUUUACAGCUUUUGCAGGAGAUUUAGAUAUAAGUUAUUCACUCAUUGUUGUUGGUCAGUAUUUUGAUAUUGGGUGUUCAAUUUCACUUUGGAUUGUAUGUAAGCUUCUUUUUACUAUGAGCAAAAUAACCAGUAGCUCAUUUUUUUUCUGCCACACUUGCUGAUUAAAUCUGAGUCAAAUGCAGUCACUGGAAAACUAAAAAUGCUGUAUUUCAUUGCAUGAGGUCAAUCAUUCAGUUCAGCUGUCUCUUUUUUACAGAUGUUUUCUAUAUUUUUUUGUUGGAACUGACAGCUUUUUGAAACUGAAACCUCUUCAUUGUGCAGAUGGUGUAAAGCUCCUGCGUGGUGAGCCAGUGUCUCACCUAGCCAAAGAACACACAUGUAACGUCUGCUUUGUCCAUUGAGAUUCAUAUAAUACGGUUUUAUACAUCAUUACAUAGGUUGACGUGUUUUGCUCCUGAGUCUGUUUAGUUAGGGGAUCAAUAAAAGUCGAUAUUUUGAACUAA